UCUUGCCUCCACCUCUUGUCCAUCACAGCUCAGUGGGUCCAGAGAUACAUUUAACAGGGUGGCCUGCUAAACACCGCUUAAUAAAAACAGACAGCAAAACAGUGCAUUUGUUACCUUUAUCUUUUAAAAUAAUGGCCCAGCUGCAGGCCUGUUUGCAGCCGAACAACAGCCGUCUGCAGACCGGAUAGUGCGGAGGACUUCUGAGUGACUGCACCUCUUACGCAGCUGCCUGACACCAAAGCUAAUCGGCUAUCUCUCGUUAGCUGCAGCGGGUCGCUUUACCAUAUGAUAUUGACUCUCGGUGCCCAGGGACAGACCUCUAGAGACAGCGAUUGAUUCAGCAGAAUAAUACGUUGCAAUGGACAAAGCAGAAGCAGACCGGCUGAUAGAGAAGGCGAAGCUGUGUUUACGGUCAGGACGGAAAGAUCGGGCUCUGCAGCUGCUCUAUGAAGCCCAGAAUAUUUACCCCAGCACCCGGGCCAGAGUGCUAAUAGACGCCAUAGUGAGGAAUGGAGGCACCGCUGCUCCACAAUCAAACCACGUUCCCCCGCCAGCCGGCUGGAGAGACGAGGAACUUAGAGACGAGGAACCAAGUCAUGCGAGUGUUGAUGACAAGAAAAGCUACAGCGAGGACCAGCGCCAGGGCGUUCUCAGGAUAAAGAAUUGCAAGGACUUUUACGAAAUUCUCGGUGUUACCAAAAAUGCCAGUGAUGAGGAUUUGAAGAAGGCGUACAGGAAGCUGGCCCUCAAAUUUCACCCCGACAAGAACUUUGCUCCAGGAGCUACGGAUGCUUUCAAAGCAAUAGGCAACGCAUAUGCAGUGCUGAGCAAUCCAGAGAAGAGGCAGCAGUACGAUCAAUACGGAGAUCAAUCUGCUGCUUCCAGCGCACCCCAACCCUCCAGCCACAGUCGCCAUGGAUACUACCGAAGCUUCAACAGAGACUUCGAGGCCGACAUUUCCCCCGAGGAACUCUUCAAUAUUUUCUUUGGGGGAAGAUUUCCCACAGGAAAUAUCCACAUGUACACCAACCAGGGCGCCUCCUACUCUCAGUUCUAUCAGCCUCGUCGUCGACGUGCUUUUGAGAGGCGCGAGGAGGUGGUGGUGGAGGAGAACCAGAGUCAGAACACCUUCACAGCGCUGCUGCAGCUCCUCCCUGUGCUGGUGCUAAUCCUCAUAUCAGUGUUUACUCAGAUGAUGGCCAUUAACCCGGCCUUCAGUCUCUUCUAUAAGCCGGCCAUCGGGCUGGUGGUCUCCAGGGAAACGCAGCACAUGGGCGUGCCGUACUACGUGGACAAAAGUUUUGACAAAGAGUACAGAGGAGCGGGGCUGGAUGAACUAGAGAAAACUAUCGAGAACGACUAUAUCGAGCACCUGCAGAACAGCUGCUGGAAAGAGAAACAGCAGAAAUCCGACCUGGCGAACCUCGGGCAGCUGUACCGAGACGAGCGGUUAAAGCAGAAGGCGGAGUCGAUGAGGCUGGACAACUGUGACAAACUCCAUCGAUUGGUCGGGCAUCAGAGAGCCAAUUGAGGACUGUUUGAGAGGAGAACGUGUUUCUUUGCAGACUUUACAAUAACACAUUUUAUCCAGAUGUGUGAUUUUAAUCUGGCCACUUUGUAAAGAAACCUCUUUUAGGUACAGCGCAGUCGGUGGGAGAUUAUGCCACUGGAAACAAUGUGCCUUCUCUCCUCUUUGAUGGUAGAAAAUAAGAGUUGCAUCAGGUGCAAACUCACUGUGGCAGUGUGAUGAUGUCUCGGAGCCUUUAAACUUUCUUAUAGAAAUGGCAUGACGCACAUAUGGGAGUCUCCUUUUGGGGUUAUGAAGGCAGUAGUAUGUUCACACGUACAUGUUUUAUUUGUUUAGGUUUACUUGUAUUUAUUUUGUUGAAUGUUUUUGUGUCCUGGCUGAAAUUUUUGAAGUAUUUAUUUAUUAGUUAAUAGAGUGAAUGUUACUUGAGCAUCUUGGCUAAUCGGUUUUCUAUAGGAAGUUCAACAACUUAAAUAAUACUGUAGUCGUUGGACAAAGCUGAGAGCUUCUUUACUGUAAAGGAAAGGACUUAUUAUUUAUUAUUACAGACAAAUCAGAUUUAAAAAGGAGCUAUAAUGUGUUUAUCUAGGCGAUUUGAACUAAAUCAAUAAGCACAAUAGAGUCAAACAUGUAUCACUAGCACAUUUAUCUGAUUGAGUUAUCUUAAAAACAUGUCCUUGCCAAAAAUAAAUAGCUUCCAGCUCCCUGCAGUUCUGCUUGCAUUGGUCAUUAAGCUUCUGGUAUUCAGGAAGUUUCAGUAUUUCAGGUGAGGUUAAAGGGUGACUGUUAUGAAAAAAGAGGGCCAUGUUUUGAAGAAUACAUUUUGAUUUGAUUAGAUACAGGAAGCUCAAUAUCUGUAGAUAAGCUGGGCUUAAAUGUCAUGCAAUACCUCCAUUUCCUAAAACCGUGCACAAGCUUAAAUACUUCUGUUCUCAGACAAACAUCCGGCCCAUAUUUUAUAAAUAUUUUAUAAAUUCUGCACCUUUUCAUUUAUACAGAUGUUUUAUAAAGAAGAAUCGUUUUGUUUAAAAAAAAAAUGUAAUCUUAAAUCUAACCUACUUAACCGUUGAAAUCAUGUUUUGAAAUUCUACUAAUUAUCUGUGGACAUUAAUCGGCCUUCUUCCACAGCUAGGAAUCAGAACUUGUCAGAUCUUGUCAUGAGUAGGAUGCUAACUUUUACGAGUUGUUUCUUAAAUUUGUUUAUCAUCCCAACUACAUAUGAUUCAAACCCUGUACAGACAUUAACACUUGUUUCUGUUCACCGGCCAAACUGCCUUAGCUGUUACUUUACAAAUUAUUCAGGUUUAUUUCAAGCACUUUUCAGUUGAUAUUUGAUCCUGUGUUCCCUAUUGUUGCUGUUGCAUGAAACCCGUGUGAAUCUUUUAUUAGUUGCAUAUUUAUUUUUAUUGUGAACACAUCUUAAUGACAGCUGACACACUAAAUGAUAAUUUGUUAGAAUAUUCAGGUCCACACAGUAACUCACAAACAUGUAAAACCUUUGCCCUGACAUGCGGAGGUCAGGUUUUAGGUAGAACACUUGAGGAACACUAAAGAAACCAGUUUUAGGACAAAUAUACCUGACAAUUAAAGAUGUAAUCAGAA